ACUCUUUCAAGAUGGCGCACGUUUCUCAAGCCUCUUAUUUUCAAAGUCUUGAAGAUGCAAUAGAUAGGAAAAAUGGUUACAAAGUUUCAGAAUUACUUUCAUUUAAACAUCCUCAUGUAGCUAAUCAACGUCUCCAGCUCGAACAUCCUGAUUCACAAUGUCAACGAUUCUUUGAUCCACCUUAUGAUGAAGUAGUAGCUGCACAUUUACGAUGUUGUUGGUGUGUUGCUAACCAUGAUUUUAUACAGGCUUGUGGUUGUCAGGCAGCUGUAGUACAAGCUUUUACCAAAGUAUUUCAAAGUCAGAAAGAAGAGAAUUGGUCACUACCUGUUAUGUAUGCUGUUUGUUUAGAUCUUAGAUUGUUUGCUAAUAGUGCUGAUAUACAAGCUGUGUCGAAACGAAAGGGUAAACCUGGUGAACAUUUGGAGAAAGCAGCAGAAUUAUUGAUGGGAUGUUUCCGAGUUUGUGCUAGUGACAAUCGAGCUUCGCUAGAAGAUUCGAAAAAAUGGGGAAUGUUAAAUUUGGUUAAUCAGCUAUUCAAGAUAUAUUUCAAGAUUAAUAAAUUACACCUGUGCAAACCCCUCGUUCGGGCUAUCGACAGUUUACCUAUUAAAGAUGAAUUCUCACUUUCACAACUCAUCACAUUCAGAUAUUAUGUUGGAAGAAAAGCCAUGUUUGACAGUGAUUUUAAAAGUGCGGAGGAAUAUCUAACAUUUGCUUUUCAAAGAUGUCAUAAGAAGAGUAAAAAGAACAAAAGAUUAAUUCUGAUAUACCUUAUUCCUGUUAAAAUGUUACUAGGUCACAUGCCUAAAGCAUCUUUAUUAAGGAAAUAUGACUUACUACAGUUUGAAAAUGUGGCAAGAGCAGUGAGUUCUGGUAAUCUAUUACAACUUAAUGAUGCAUUAGAUGAGAAUGAGGCUUUUUUCAUCAAGUGUGGAAUUUAUUUGAUUCUAGAGAAACUUAAGGUCAUUACAUACAGAAAUCUCUUUAAGAAAGUGUAUUUAAUUUGUGAUAAGAAUCAUCUGGUUCCUAUAGAAACUAUGACAGCUGUCUUAAAAAUGAUGGAAGUUGAAGAUGUAGAUAAUGAUGAAACAGAAUGUAUUCUGGCUAACCUUAUAUUUGAGAACAAGAUAAAAGGCUACAUAUCACAUCAACAUAAGAAACUGGUCGUCAGUAAACAAAACCCCUUCCCACAAUUAUCAACUGUUUUAUAGUCUUCAACAAAGUACUAAUGUACAACUACAUCCAUGUAGCUUCAUGAUCAUAUAUUCCAUUUUAGAAUAUGUCAUGGUGAACAUUAAAUUGUUUAUAAAUAUUUGUAAAAAUAAACACAUCAAGCAUUGAAA